AACUGGGCUUGGAACCUCAUUCCACGGCCCACGAGGCAGAGGACGGUCUUCUCUCUUUCUCUCACUCCCUGAAAACACCAACACACUCAAGAGUCAAGAGUCAAGAGUUGAAGUACCUACUCCCCUAGUACUGAACUUUGUCUGAAUCUACAGAUGCCUACGCUGAAGCAGAGCUUUGGAACCGAUUCUAAUGGCUUCCCUUACUCUUUCACCUUCUCCAUGCUUUUCCAAUUCACAUAAUUACCACUCUCUCCAAUUUCCUCCUCUCAAAGCCUCUGCUAAACCAAGGAAUCUCAAGCUCUUCUGCUGCUUAGCGCUAGAUCGGACGGAUGAAAAUCGCUCUCCUCCAAGCCAGACCAAUGAUGAUCUCCGGAUCAUGUUCGCCGCCGGUGGGACCGGUGGCCAUAUUUAUCCUGCCGUUGCCAUUGCCGAUGAGGUGAAGAGCAUUAACCCUAGAAUCCGAGUUCUCUUCGUUGGAACCCAAAAUGGAAUGGAAAGUACUGUUAUCCCCUCGGCCCGGUACGAUUUCGUUACUAUUCCCGCCGUGCCGUUGGCCCGUCCAUUCUUUUCCCCCGUAAAUGUUCUCCUCCCGUAUCGUCUGAUCAAAGCUAUGCUGGAAAGUCGCAAAGUAUUGCGCGAUUUCGACCCCCAGAUCGUCGUCGGGACCGGCGGCUACGUCUCUUUCCCGGUGUGCCUCACUGCGGCUCUCCAAGGAUUAAAGGUUGUGAUUCAAGAGCAAAACUCAAUGCCGGGGAUCGCGAAUCGGGUCCUUUCGCGUUUCGCUGAUCUCAUUUUUGUUGUUUUCAAUUCGUCUUUGGUAUAUUUUCCCAAGGAUAAGUGUGUUGUGUGUGGGAAUCCAGUGAGGUCGUCUUUAAGGCGAUAUGUGUCGAAGGCUGUUGCUAGAACGCAUUUCUUCCCAAAGGCAGCAAAGACUUGGGAUCCAGAAGCCAAGGUUAUAUUGGUUCUUGGGGGAUCUUUUGGUGCCAAUGCUAUUAACAUUGCUAUCCUGAACCUCUAUUAUCAGAUGUUGGCGGAAAAUGAUAACAUUUUCAUCAUAUGGCAGACAGGGGUUGAAACUUUCAAUGAGAUGGACAGCCUUGUUAAAAAUCAUCCCCGCUUGCUAUUAAGGCCGUUCUUGCAUAAAAUGGAUUGGGCAUAUGCUGCUGCAGAUCUUGUUGUGUCUCGUGCUGGUGCAAUGACUUGCUCUGAGAUUGUGGCCACUGGGAAACCUUCUAUCCUGAUACCAUCCCCAAAUGUCGCUGAAGGACAUCAAACAAAAAAUGCCUUCAUUAUGGCAGAUUUAGCAGGCUCAAAGGUUAUAACAGAAGAUGAACUUGAUUCCACUACUCUUAGAAUUGCAAUUGAAGAGAUCCUAGGAAAUGCAAGUCAAAUGGUAGAGAUGUCUGAGAAGGCUAUGAAGAUUGCACGCCCUGAGGCUGCUGUCGAGAUUGCGCAACGCAUUCUUUCACUCGUCAAGUUAUCAAGAGCCUAGGAGGAUUAUAAACGGAUUUAUAGAGGAAUUCAUGUUCCUUGAUAACCAAUCUUUGCAUACUUGUCUUGAUCUUUUCCACUUUUGCACCGUCCAUGGAUAUUUGAUUGCCGAGAGUGCUUAAAUCCAGAGAUAAAGUUAAAAAAAAAAAAAAUCAACUUUAAUAUCCAGUUGUAAUCAUCAGAUUGACAAACUUUCUUUUGCUUUAGACAAUUUUAUCUGGAAGGAAUCCAUGGGUCAGACAGUCACCAUUGGAUGGCAUAGGUUAGUUGAAAUGUUGAUACAUCACUUUGAUGGUCGAGAUUUAUCGAUCAAUCUUAGGACAUUUUGAUGGCCCAGAUCUUAAUCUUGUUAUUUUGUGCAUCACUUUACUUGGCUUUGAUUUUCUAGAAAACUUGGUGCUUUACUUGAACGAUCGAGAUUAAUUGAAAUGUUGGUACAUAAUUUGGA